GCGUGUGUUUUAUUCCGUUAAAAAAAAUCGUCGUUUCUUUAUUGUAUGAAAAUGGCUUUGCAAAAUAUUUUUUUGUUAUCAAAUCGCUCAGCUCUUAACUUAAAAGAAGCAAUUAAAUUACUUAAAAAACCUAAUUUAAACAGUGAUGACAUAGUACAGUGUUAUAACUUGGAACCAAAACCAGGUUUUUGGUAUAUGUGUGCGUAUAAUCAAAGUUCUGCUGACAGUAUUGAAUGGCAAUCAACAGGCACUCGUUUAUUGCCUAAUGAAAAAAAUCCCAUCGUACUGGUCGAAAACUUUUCAUCAUCCGAAAAAGUGAAUAAAAGUGUUUUUAAAUUAACGAAAAAAAACGAAUAUGACGCUACUUUGGUUAACUAUUCAGAUUUGGACCCUACAGUUGAGAAUUUAAAAAGAACACAUGUUUCUAAAAAAAGAUCCAUCAAAAAUAUUAUGAAAAACCGUUUCAAACUAAUUAAAAAAGAUUGUAACUCUGUUUCUAAUAAACUAAUUGAAAAUGAACCUGCAGAAAAAUAUGUCAGUACAAGUAUUGAAGCAACACCUGUUGGAACAGAAAUAGACUUUUUAGGAGCUGAUAAUGCUCCACCUGAAUCAUCAUCAAGGGAUGAACAAAAUCUCAACAAACCUAGUAUGAAUUGUCUUCCUGGUGAUGAAAAUAUUAUUUUAACGCCAUUGUCUAAUUUAGAAUGUGUAAGAAAAAUUAUAACACUCAAAAUUUAG